UCUCCCGCUGCGGCAGAUAACAUAAACUUUUCACGGCGCUUCGAAGAAGAAACAGAUUAAAAGUUUACCGCCCUCAUAAUCACUGCUUCGCGUGUGUUGGACGCUAUCCAGUGAUGGUUAACGAUGUGUUUCGUUCCUUAAAAUUUGGCACCCAAUGUGGGACUACAAACAAUUUAUUUUUAUAACUACCGUCGUGGUUGAUAAAAAAGUUGUUUAAGAGACAAGACUAUUUGUACAUAGAACUGAGUGAAUAGUUAUGAAAAUGAACUGUGUUGACCAGUUGCGGAUCGUUAAAAUUAGCAAAAUGCUUCUAGUUUUCCUCAUAUUGGAUUGGUUGUUGGCACCCAGCAUUGAUGCCACUAUACAUGAGCCCGGAUUCAGCGGGCCCAUAGAAAAUAUAACGGCGCCUCUAGGAAGGGAAGCGAUACUAGCGUGUACUGUUCACAACCUUUCUUCAUAUAAGGUCGCGUGGUUACGAGUGGAUACCCAGACAAUCCUCACCAUACACACUCACGUUAUAUCCAGAAGCAGGCGUGUGGGGGUGACACAUAGCGACCAAAGGACCUGGUUUCUACACAUACGAGAGUUACGGGAAACCGACAGAGGGUGGUACAUGUGUCAGAUUAAUACUGACCCAAUGAAGAGUCAGCUGGGAUACUUGGAUAUUGUAGUUCCACCGGAUAUUCUGGACCGUGGAACUAGCGCUGAUCAGACUGUGCGAGAGGGUUCCCCUGUCAGUCUGACAUGUGCAGCCACCGGGUCACCACAUCCGCAGAUCACGUGGCGACGAGAACACUCCAAAACUAUAACCAUUUCCGAAGACGUUCACGUGACGUCACUUGAGAGCCCCGUGUUAAAUAUAAGCCGAGUGAGUCGGCAGCAUGCUGGGGCGUAUUUGUGCAUCGCUUCGAACGGAGUGCCGCCGACAGUCAGCAAAAGGAUUAUGUUAACAGUCGAAUUUCCCCCGGUGAUUGUUAUAAGAAAUCAACUGGUGGGUGCGGUGGUUGGAUCAGACUUAGUGCUGGAAUGCGAAACGGAAGCUUACCCAAAGCCGGUCAGUUACUGGAGUAGAGACAACGGUGAAAUUGUUCCUAUAGGAGGUGGUCUGGAGCCGCAAAGAAUUGCUGGAUCAUAUCGUUCAAUACUACGCCUGCCUAUAAGAAGAGUUACUGGCUCAGACUACGGCACAUACAAAUGUGUCUCCAAGAACUCCUUGGGUGACACCGAAGGCACCAUCAAAUUAUAUCCUAUGCAGCCACCAGCGAUGGAAAACAGAAAUGCUAUUCAGAAGCUAAAUAUAGUGGCAGGGAAAACUUCCGAAAGUACUCCAUUUGGUACACAGGAUUUUAGAUUACAAGACUACAACAGAGCAGUGCCGAGGGAUCGCUUUUGUUACAACUUGUUAUUUUUAUUAAUAAUCCUAAUUAAGGUAGUUGUAUCGUAAUGCCUUUGUUAUAAAUACUUAG